AUGGCUUCUGAAAAGCAGCGUUUGCCGGUUGUGGCUGUCGCCGGACUGAGUUGCGAGAAUUCUACCUUCACCCCAUCACGCACUCGAGCUGCAGCGUUCCACCCGAAACGUGGGCAAGAGAUUAUCGAGCAUUACCAAUUCCUAUGUCCAAAAACAAGUCUAGGAGAUGAAGCAGACUGGAAAGGUGCCCUCAUCGGACAUGCUCUUCCAGGAGGCAUCGUCGAAAAAAGGUCAUUUGAAGAGCUGGUAGCUGAGAUCAUCCAGCGUUUGUCGGACAUUUGCCAGGCGCUGCAGAAUCCCUUAGAUGGUCUAUGGCUCGACAUACACGGCGCGAUGUACGUUGAAGGCCAUGAGGAUGUUGAAGCCGAACUACUUCGUCGCAUACGAGCUGUUAUCGGACCCACAACCAUCGUCUCUGCAUCCAUGGACCUACACGGCAACGUGUCGCGCGAGCUUGCUCAUCAAGCGGAUAUUAUUACAUGUUAUCGUACAGCUCCUCAUGUGGAUGUGUGGGAGACCAAGAUGAGGGCAUGCCGCAAUCUUCUUCGAACGCUCAAGGUUCGCAAUAUUGGUGGUUCGCUGCCGCUCAAAGCCUGGAUACCAAUUCCGAUCCUCCUCCCUGGUGAGCAAACAUCCACGCGCGACGAGCCUGCCCUACGCAUCUAUGCCGCAGUGCCGGAGGUAGAGAAGCGAGACGGGGUUCUUGAUGCGGCCAUCUGGGUCGGCUACGCCUGGGCCGACGAGCCACGGAAUCGUGCGGCCGUGGUAGUCACAGGGUGGGAUAAGAAUGCCGUUGCGGAUGGAGCACAAGAACUUGCAGCCACCUUUUGGGACGCACGCCACGAAUUUAAAUUCGUCGCUCCGACGGGGUCCUUGGCGGAAUGUCUAGAUACUGCCCUCGGCGCGAAAGCGCGACCCUACUUUAUCUCAGACUCUGGCGACAAUCCUACCGCCGGUGGCUCUGGAGAUGUUACUUGGGGUGUUACUCAACUCCUUGCUCGACCGGAAUUUCGCGAAGCUACUGGACCCACCGUAAUCUAUGCCAGUGUCCCCGGUCCUGAAGCCGUGGCAAUCGCGGAGCAUGCGGGUGUUGGCGCCAUCAUCACUGUCACUGCCGGAGCUAAGAUCGACAACCUCCACGCCGGUCCCAUUACCAUAACAGGCCAAGUCCACUCAAUCAAGCACGGCGAUCCACAUGCUCAGACUGAAGUAGUGCUGAAGACGGGCAGCGUGUUUGUCAUAUUGACCAAGUUGCGCAAGCCAUAUCACAAGGAACGAGACUUUACCGAGCUAGAUCUGCGUCCUCGAAAGGCAGAUAUCGUGGUCGUCAAGAUCGGGUAUUUAGAACCGGAGUUGUAUGAUAUGGCGUCGGAUUGGAUGCUUGCGUUGACGCCAGGAGGCGUGGACCAAGACCUAGGAAGGUUGGGUCAUCAUCGUAUUCAAAGGCCAAUGUGGCCAUUUGACACGCAUCUUGAGGCGCAACCUAGCCUUAAAGCAAAUUUUAUACCCUUCUCAAACGAGCACUUGAGCGCAGAAGAGGUUGCCUGA